AACAUGAGGUACAAGAAAGGAGAUGUUGUUUCAACACCUAAUGGGAUAAGAAAGAAGUUUAAUGGGAAACAGUGGCGCCGGCUGUGUUCUAAAGAAGGGUGCACCAAGGAAUCCCAGCGACGAGGCUUCUGCUCUAGACAUCUGUCUUUGAAAGGCAAGGGCUUGAGGCAGGCUCCAUCAUUUCCUGGAUGCCGAAAAGGCGAAUUGAAAGAAGGACAGAUAGAGUGGGCCACAGAAUCGAGAGAGACAGAAUAUGACCCUGAGAGGCAGCAUUCUCGUUUUGAGAUGGAUGAAACAGAGGCAGCAAACAUGCUGGUCUGCCUUGGAAAUUCUAGAUCAACUACCCCUGCAUUCUCUCCAACCCCCUCACAGAAUCCGGUGUCGCCAAGAAUUGUACAGGCUCAGUCCCCUACAGCCAUAUACCGUCCCACUUCUUUCACUCCAAUCUCGCCCCACACAAGCCCACAGGUUCCACAAAGCUUCAUCACCUCUCCACAAAAGAGCUGGGGACCAGCCCCCACAAAGUCCCCAGGCUCGUCAUCUGACCACAUGUCACAUCUUGGUUCACGGUUCCCUUCAGUCUCAGGGAUACCUGCCUUUCAGUCCCAUAUCAUUUCUGAUACGAUGGUAGCCAAACCACGUAGCAUCUCCCUGACCAAGCAGGAUUCUGGGCGAAGCGAAGACUCUGGUGUUGAUGUUCUGACCCCAAAGACUCCAGUGUCUAAAGUGAUCGUUAGUCCUGGAAGUGUUUUUGGCCAGGCCAUGCAGACUGGCGCUGUGCUGACCUCACCUAUCCAACAGCGCUUGUCUGGCCAGGGAGAUCACUCCACGUUAGUCAAGCAGCUGCAGUCACAUAGAAUUGCAGACCAUGGUAGACAAACCUGCAUUGAGCAGAUACCUGAAUACUUGACAGUUGGCAGAGGUCAUCAUCCUCUGGAAAGGACACAUUCAUACCCGCCACAAGAACUAGAAGCAAGGCAGGAAGGACCAAUGUCUUACACAGCACAUAUGCCGCCGGGCAGCAGGAUUCUUAGCAGCAAACAGGGUGACCUUGGUGUUGGUCGUCCCAUUCUUGUUCGUGCCCACACCCAUGAGCAGGAAGACAUGCCAGUGGCCCUUGUCCGUCAGGAAAUGGAAGGACAGUUCUUGGAGCACAUGGCUGAAGUGAACAAAACUUUGCGUGGGGAAGAGGAUAUGUCAUACAGGCAGCCUGCCGUUGUCAUGGGAUCAGGUCCCUCCCUGCAGGAGGUGCAGCAGAGCAUGCUGGAAGCCAGUCCUUUGAGAGGAAGUCCAGACAACAUCCAUCCUGCCAUGUCCUCCUCACAACAAAAAACAGAAAAAGAGGGUGGCUUACACAAAAUAUACCCUUGGCACAGCCUGGUACCCUUCCUCAACAACACCACCCAACCCAUGCCCCUACAGCAGGCUCCGCCCCCUUCAGCUAGUCCAGUCCCUAAGUACAAGCAGGCCUCACCAAGGGGGAGUCAGUCGGAUCGGCUGUCCACAGCUGGUGAUGGAGGGCUGAAGCUGGAUGACGAUGUUGGCUGUGAUCCUGAUGAUGAUGAUGUGUUUGAACCUGUUGUGGAGUCAUCAAAGAAAGCUCCCAAGUCACCAACAAAGAGACGUACACAGUCACUAAGUGCUCUGAAAGACAAAGAAGAGAACAGGGCUUUGAGAAAGAAGGAUAAAGAUCACAUCCGUCGCCCCAUGAACGCCUUCAUGAUAUUCAGCAAGCGACACCGGGCAAUGGUACACCAGCGGCAUCCAAACCAGGACAACCGUACCGUGAGCAAGAUAUUGGGCGAGUGGUGGUAUGCUUUGGAGCCCAAACAGAAGCAGCUUUACUAUGACUUGGCUUCCCAGGUGAAGGAAGCCCACUUCAAGGCUCAUCCUGACUGGAAGUGGUGCUCAAAGGAUCGCAAGCGGUCAUCCACUGUGGCCACGUCCCUUAAGCAGCAUUCUAGGCUCAGUUCAUCGGGUGAUGCUGUUGAUGCUGAAACAACAGAGAAGUUGGAUAGUCCAGUGCUGGUUAAACAGUCUAGCAUCGAUGAUGUGUUUGAUGACCCUGUGCCACUUGCAAGCAUUCGCCCUCACAGCCUCUCUUCAUUUUCACGUGAAGAUGAGGGCAGCGCCUUUGUCCCCACCAAAGCAUUUUUAAAGCGAGAAAGUGGUGCAAGUCUGACAGAGCCUCUGUCAAGAGAAAGGCUUGUAUCGGAUAGCUGCCUGCAGCUUCCUUCAACAUCCCAUACUUCAGCCAACCAGAAUCAUUCUCCCUUGUCCGGAGGUGCACGAGAACUUGCUGGGCCAGUGCCCACCAGCAGGUCGCAGCUUAUAGCUCAUCAUGCCUACCGCACUUCACAGUCCAAGGGAGAGGAGGAUGACAGCGAUGAUGAGAAAAUGGUUAUAUGCGAGGAGGAUGACAAUAACAGUGAAACUGAUGGCAUAGAUCUUAACUGCAAAGAACAUGUGUCAGACAGUGCAACUGACAGUGAGGCAGAAGAUAACGUCUUGAUCGAAAACAAGGCUUUCCCUCAGCAGAGGUUCUCACCUGUAAUGAAACAGAUCGGGUCAGUGGACAUUGCUCACCGCCCACAGCCAAUCAGAAGGAUGCCUCACUCGGAGUCCACUCAGGUCCUCAUGCAUUCAGAGUCCACUAAAUUGUCUGGCAUUGCAGCAGCAGUGAAGGAUGCUCUGGACCCUCUGUCGCUCCCACGGCCUUCAAGCACAGGUUCAAGCUUCCAACCCAUUGGAGCCUUCCGUGCCAAGCUGAAAGAUAUGCAGUCCAUGAGUGCAGAAAGCGAGAACAUUCAAAAUGAAGAGAAGAUGGAAAUGAGGAAGACCUCUUUCUCCACUUCCUCAGUGCCUGGAUUGGUGGCUGCAGCCUCAGCAGCUGUGCCUCUGGCCAUGGUGUCGGGCGUUACAGGAGGCGGACGGGUCCAGUAUGUCCAGCAGACUCCUGUGAAAGUGGGCCCCAUGACAAUCCACAACAUCACCAUGAUGCAGGAACAACAGCACCUUAUUGUCUCCUCCGACACACAAACCACGCUGGGCUGCCACAACUCAAACGGGCCCAUUCUGGGAAAAAUUUCCAAAGGUAUGGGACGUGUCAACUCACAGCGCAUAGCUCCUCAUCAGCAGCACCACCAGCAGCAACAGCAACAGCAGCACCACCACCUGCACCAGCAACAUCCACAACAGCAAAUCAUGGUUCAGCCCAAUGCCAUUCUAGGGAAACCUGCCACCUCAUCUAUGGUCCAGAUUGUUGCAGCACCACAGCUUGUCGCAACCUGUGCCGGCCAGAUUUCGGGCACGGUAACAUCUACUUUUGCCACCACCGCCAAGCCUAUCUCCACCCCGAUCCCUAUUGCUUCCAAACCCACCAACUCCUCAGCCAUGCCAUCCAAUACUAAAGUGAGCCGGACAGCUUCUCUAGGCAGCAUUAGCAUGCCCUCGGCCACCAUCUUGCCCAGUACGCAGACAGCCAAGUACAGCACCAUUGUGCUGCAGGGCAACCAGUACAGUGGCAUGACCCUGCUUGACACCUCCAGCCUGACCACAGCCCAGGGACAAAAAAUCCAAGCUGGGAACUCGGGAGUGCACCACGUUAACCCACAAGGGUUCAUGACCACUUACCGCAAUGUUGCACCGCCUCCGCACACCAGUCCCCAGGCAGCACAGCCAGUACAGACUGUAGCCACUCAGCCAGCUCAUCACCUGGUGACCAACUUGGUGCUGAAGACCAAUGCCACGCCACCGGCAGGGGGAGGCCAUCAGCAGCAAGCUCAGGCACCGACCCAGACCCUGAGCAUUGCACCUUCACAACAGCCCACCCACGUCCGCUAUAUUUUACCCUCUGUCCAGGUAGUGCAGGCAUCUCCUCAAGGAGACAAGGUACAGAAUGUCCUGCAGAUGGCGCUACCAGGAGGAGCUGUGACACAGGCUGGCAUCCUCACUGUGGCCAGCAGCCCUGUCCCUCCACAAGGGUCUCACCAGGUCCCCAUGUCAGGAAAAAUUCAGAUCACACCUGCCAGCAAUAUACGCAAGGUUCUGACUACACAGCAGUCUGCCCAGCCCCAAGCUGUUAUCAGCACAAAUAAGGCACAGCAACAACAGCAGCACCAACAGCAGCAGGUUGCCAUGGUUACACAGUUUGUUGCCAUGCCACAGUCCCCAGCUAUUGUAGCCAUGGCACAGCCUCAGCAGGUGCAGAUCUCUGGAGGCUCCCUUGCUCAGCCUGUUGUGUCACUAGCAGUGGCACAGCACCAGGCACUGCCCCUGCCAUCACCGACGGUUGUGCAACAGCAACAGGCAGCCACCAUCACCGCUCACCUGCAGCAGCAGCAGCAAUCCAGUGCCCUCGCCACCCAUCUACAUCAGCAACCAGCAACGAUCACUGCACAGCUGCAGCAAUCUCAGCAACAACCGCAGCAGCGUGUUAUACUUCCCACUGCACCUAGGUUCAACUUCAUGUCUCAGCCACCAGGGACCUCCGUUUCCAUAGCAACAGCCCAGUCACAAAGUGCCAAGUUAGAAACGUUGCAGAUUGUGCCAACCAUUGUUGCUCAAGGCCAGCAGGUGCUGAUUCAUCCACAGCCAGUUCGCUCCCCUGCCUCCAUCAGCCCUGCACUGUCGCUAGCUUCACCUCUUCCCCAGAGUACUCCUCCCCACCAACAUCAGCAGCAGAGUAUCGCCCCCAAGCUGUCAGCUGCCUUACAGAAAAGCCCUCAGCAUCAGCCAUUUUACCAACAGCAGCAACAGCAGCAGCAGCAGCAGCAGCAACAAUCAGUGCAGCAACAGCAACACCAGCAACAACAUCCCAGAUCAAGCCCAAAGUUCUUUCAAGGGAGAAUGCACAUAAAACCUGCAGGAUUCACAGGGCUUUCUUCAGAAGGGAAAGGAGAAAUUGGCUACAUCAGUAGUCCUAAUCUGCAGGCCAAGCCCACCCGUGUCAAGGCUGCCAUUGUUCAUGUUCCCGUGGCAACAGAGAGCCUUCAGCGUCCACCACAGAGUCCAGCUCAGCGAUCUCGGCCAUCUGUUGGUUCACCUCGUCCCACACCCUCCCCAAACACUAUCUCACCAGUUCCCUCCCCUGGAGCAAGCCACCACCACUCCCCUCAAGCCCCAUCUCCUAAUUCUUCCCAGCUUCAUCAUCGUAUGCCUGUCAUGGCUUCCAGCCUUUCAGCAUCUUCACCUCAGCCCCACCAAGUGAUGGGUGACCUACCAUCUCCAGUUCCCAGACACCUGGGAGAUGCACGACACCCAUUGCCGCCAUCACCUCUGGCACAGCAAAUUUCAUCUGAUUUUGAUCAAAGACCUCUCAGCAAGCCUCCAACACCCAGCAUAAUCACCAACACCAACAACAACAAUAACAGCACCACCAGCAAUAACAACAUCAGUGGGGGGAAGAAGUUUGGAGAGAGUGACAGGAGGAUGACGCCACCGAGAAAAGAGAAGAAGACUGUGCGCAUGGACCUUCCAGAUCUGGAGGACGAGGAGGAGAAGCGAGAGAUCCCAAAGAGGGAUGUGACAUUUUCCUUUCCAGCAUCUGAUCAUGGCAUGGACGAGGAGAGGAUCGGGUCCAAUGCACUGGCUGCUUCUAAUGGAGGGGGUCACCAGCCAUCAAAAGCCAAGCACAAGCCCCCUCCACUGAUGGUCCCCCCUCAGGUGCUGCAGUCCACUCUUCCCUCUCCAGGCUGCAGUGCUAGCUCCGCCCCCAGUUCUGCUGUCAACAGCCCCCGCAAGAGUAUUUUCAAAAAGGUUAAAGAUGAUGGCAUGAACAGGGUUCUGGAGCAAGUGGAUUUUGAGCGGCAGUUUGAAUGUCUUCCUAAGUUUGUCCCUGAGGAUAAUGAGACAAGCACACCACUUCCUCAAAGUCCACGGGCUAUUCUCAACACAUACAAGAAGAAGAAGAAGCAGGUCUCCAAUUUAGUGAAGGACAACCCUGAUGGAGAAAGCAAGUUUUCCAGCGAAUCAGAAACAACAACACCAAAGACGCCACGCAGUGGAAUGUUCGAGGACACAAGGUUCUUUGGAAGCUCUUUCAACCUGGAGAAUAUUAAUGAGGAGUUCAAGGGUGCUUUGUCUGCGAAAGAUUUUGAUGGGGACUUGAAUUCUCCACGCACACCCAAAACACCCAGCUCACCCGGAACUUUCUCCACCCGACGAAUACUUGACCAGCGCAGGCAGCUAGUCAUGCAACUGUUCGAGGAACAGGGGCUUUAUCCCACCACUCCAGCUACACUGGCCUUUCAGGCCAAGCACAGCGACAUCUUUCCCAACAAAAUGUGCCUGCAACUGAAGAUCCGUGAAGUGCGGCAAAAGAUGAUGGCCAUGUCAAUGCAGACGGUGCGAGAAAUGGAAGAUGGCCAGCUAAGCUCAAGCUCGUCUGCUGGUGGUAGCUCCUCUGGUGGUGGUUCCACAACGACUGGUGGAGGGCCGGUGGGAAUGGACGGUUCCUCUUCCUCACCAAGAAAUUCCACUGCCACAGAUUCUUACACACCAUCCCCAUCUGCUGGUCAGAUGAGUGGGAAGGGGACGCAGCAGACGAUGGUGAGUUCAGGGCGUGGGGAGAUGCUCCCUCCUGCAUCUGUGCACCAGACGUCAUGAAAUUUUGCUAGUUUUGUUUUAUUCUGGGAAUAGUUAUUGAAAUACUGUAAAACCUACACACUCAUGAAGGAUUCUUCGUUUUCAUGAUGGGAUUGUCUGUGCUUACUUGUGAGAAGUGACUGCACACUGGGAAGAAAUCAGUCUCAGAAGCAGAUUGUUUUCUGUGUUGUUUCCUUGGGAGAAGGCAUCAGAAAGCAACAUUUUCACUGUUAGUUUGAUGUUAUCCUUCGCCACAUUGGGUGUCCAUGUUUCAGCACAGCUGUCAAGUAUAAGCAUCUCAGUGCCCAGAGGAACACUUUGACAGAGCGUGGAGGGUUACAAAUUUGUCUUUUGACAGAUUUCAUUGUAUGCCUGGAUGUGUACUUUCACACAAAUGGAGGCUAUGAUUGUUGUUGUUUUGUGUGUGUGUGUGAAAGAGAGAGACAGAGUGAGCUUAAAAAUAAGAAUAAUGAGGGAGAGAGGAUGCAUGCAUGUACGCAAGUGUUCCUUCAAAAUUACCUCCCCAUCCGCAUGCUCUUUUCAGAUUAUUUCUGUUCACAUAGAAACUGCUAAAAUGAAAUCGGUUCUUUGUAUGUCUGUAACAGUGUUGUCUAGGACACCACUUGUGAAGAGUUUUCCUGGUAAUUCUGCAACUGUAUUUGCUGGCUUGUUAGUUAAUGAAAUGUUUGUCCCUGUUUUGGUUUUAAUUUUAAUUGUUGAUCGGCGGUCACCUUGGGGAGGGAAGAUGCUAGCACAGCAUUUCUAUUUUGUGUUCUACACUUAUGUCAAACGUUUAAGUGUUGUUAAAUAUUCCCUCAAAACUGAUUAUAGAUCUAUGCUUACUGGCCUCGUUAGUGAACAGCUUAUAAAUUCACAUUGAAUUUGAAUGUUGAUGUUGUCCGCAGUUUUGUUGGUUUUUUAAAAAAACAUCAUUUGUUGGUGGGGAAAAAAAAGAUGUAAUUUGAAGGGCACAUUUACUCAGCACUAACUAGUUGUUUUUGUUGUUUCUUUUGGGAUGUUCAGUGUUGAAAUGCUGUUUGUAUUCUGUAGUCAGGAAGUUGGCCACACAAGGGUGAUUUUGACCAUUUUGAGAGAGGAACAGGGAAUUAGACUGUCCCGAGGACAUGAAUGUGGUGUUCCAAAGGAUUAUAUGCUGUGAAAGAAGAAGCAUCCUUUUUGGAUGAUAAGUGAUCUGCACUUCUUUUUCUUCUGUUUUUGAGCAAGCAAGUGAAAAAAUUUGUUAGAAAGAGUGACUGUGAGUAUGAGAGAGUCAUAGAAAUUGCAUUGUUGAUGCAAGAUCGGACAGAAUCCGACUAAAUGGGCUCCUCCUUUUUCUGCAGUAUAUCACAAUAUAUACAGUCUUCAUAUACAAUCAUUUGAUUCACAGUUCAGAUAGAUAAAGUUUGUAAAAAGUGUAUCAAUCCAUGCGUAUGUGCACAUGCACAUGCCUGCACACAUAGUGAGAGCAAAAUACGUUGGUUCAUGCUUCUGAAAAAAGAAAGAUACCUUGUAAAGUGGCUGGCAAUGCACAUGAUAAUGUAUGUAUAUUUAAUCAUGCAUUUUAGCUGGUAUAACCAGAACCUGGAGGUAUGGUCUUGUGCUUAUUAUGUCAGCAGUCUGUCUCCUACGGCCUUCUUUUACAAGAUGUUUAUCGGGUUUUUAUUUUUCUCACCUGUAUACUCAUCAGCAAGUGCAGGGGAGGGGCCAGUUGGAGGUACAGAGGGGUACAUGUCUUUGUCUCCCUUGUGGUGCAUGUUAGUAUGGUUUGAUUUUAGUUAACCAUCUGUGGUUCUCUUCCCAUGGCUGUGUUUUUGUUUGUUUCUGUUUGAUUUGAAAUAUUUUGGGCAAAAAUGGUUUUCUGAAUGCUUUCAUUCUUUAUUCUCUUUAACCCUGUGGCAAAAUUUAUUUGCUGUUGAUAUAAAUCAUAUUUUGGAUAUGAUCUGUUAAUGAGUGUUUCACGUUUUAAAGUAGGAUAUUGUUUAGACGUAUAGCAUGUACUCUCUGCUGAAAAGUGUUGUUUUAUGGGUUUUAAUAUUUCAGCGAGUAAAAGUUUAUGUAAAUGAGAUGGUUGCUACAAAUGUUGGGCCAGAACUUUGUAUCGUUUCUUGUUAAAUAUUGUUUGAAAAUAAAAUCAAGUAUUGUUCUGAACUUCAGUGGAUCUGUAAUACAUAUUGGUAUAAUUAUUGAUGUUACUUUUUCUUGAGCUCUGUGGGGAUGUUUAUAGAGUAUGUGUGUCUGCAUGUGUGUGCAUGAGUGUCUGUGUGUGUUUAUAAGUGCACAUCUACCUGCACCUUUUUUUCAUGUCUGUUAAGAAAAUCCAUUUGCAUGCAGCUGCUUGUAUUUUCUUGUUGCAUGUUUCAUUUUCAAAAUAAGUUUUUUUUUUUAAAGCGAAAAACUGCUUAUUUUUAAGAAACACAUAAUUAUGAACACUAUUCAGAGUAGGUGUGUGUCAGUGUUGUUUUUUUGGUAAUUUACUUUAAUCAAAAUCUUAUGUCAUCUACAAGUGCAUUCAAGAAAAGACUGAGAUGAAAGAAACUGAGUGUAGAGAAAGGACAAGAGGAAUAAUACUAUUUUUGAAAGGCUAUGCAAAGUGAGCGAGAGGGAGAGAAAGACCCUGAUCUAUUGUAUUCAGCUGGUUGUUCAUUGUGAAUCAGUCUUCAUGUACAUUGUUGCCAAAAAAAGAAGAAAAUAAAGAGGUACGACUAUGAACUACUGAAGGCUGUGAUUAAUAGCUUUGUAAGGAUUACAGCUUUUUCUCGGCCCUGUCUGGAUGUCAACUGUUGUACAUAGCAUAAACAACAAGCAGUUGGAAAUGUCCGAUGACAUUAAUUUACUGUUGCUAUGUCUGCUGUGCAAGCUGGUCCUUCUUGUCUCCGAGGACAGAUAACAUACUUUACAGUACCACCAAAACAGAUAUCUGUGAAAAAUGUCUACCCUUGUCAUGUCAAUUUUAUUUUUUUUUUAACAGAACACACAACUGGUGUGUAUAUUAAGCACUGCUAUACUUUGGUAGAUGCUGAGAAAACUUUUAUCCUUGGUUUGGAGAGUGACCACUCAAGCUAUGUAAAGAUGUACAUAUUGUGGACUUUGGCAAUAUUUUUAGUGCAAUGGGACAGCGUCCACUGGAUUUUGUCAGGUCACUUAAGGAGGUCUAGUUUCUGUGUAAGUGUUCUGCAUAUCCUGUCAUCCUUGGGAGUUGGAUCAGCAUGCAGAAUAUGAAUUGGUGUUCUUAUUAUUGUCUGUAGUGCCCCACCCCUACCCUCAUUUUCCAAGGGUUGGGGAAGGGGACUGGUGAGGAGAAGUGUGUGUGUUGUGAAAACAUGGGAAACUAUAAAGCAGGUGAUGAAUCGAGAGUGACUGGUCUCUUAGCCUACCCUUUCCCUCCAACAAGUGCUAAAGUGGAUCUAGAACAAGCAUUCUUUCUUGCGGAGAUAGAGACAGAACCCCCAAUCUUGUGAGCAGUGCUGUGUGAGAAUGUCCAGUAAAUAUUAUCAUGGGUCUCUUGUGAUUUUGCUUAGCAUUUGUGGAAGAUUAUUCAGCCUGGCACAGUCUUCUCUGGGACUGCUAGAUAUUUAUAUCAACCACUUGCAAACAAAUUUUCAGAGAGCCUGUUAACUGUGAAUUCCAACAUUCCAACAAGCCGUGGAAGCCUGUGAGAGCUAAUCAUACUGUUUACUUGCUUCUUCCAUCUCUGAGCAGAACAUCAAAGGAAAUGUUUUUGUGGAUUAAAAAAUUUACCAUACUGUGUGAUAAAAAUAUGGAUUGACUAACAUGGCUGCGAGGCCAGGUGUCUUGCCACACCUGCUUCCAGUUCUUUAGGCACCUACCUGGUAAUUAUCUAAUGCAGUUCAUUGAAAGUUACAGAAAUGGCUUGUGAUCACUGCACCAUUUGUCUGCUGCAAAAGAAAGCAGAAGCUGUUCUACUCCUAGAAAAGAAUCCGGUGAGAGUGACUUUUUUUUUCUUUUUUUAAAAAGCUUGUUUCUGGUACUGGUACUUUUUUUUUUGUGAGGAAAAAUUUCUGUUGGCCUGCCCACUAAAGGCUACAAAAUAUCCCAUAUUCAUGAGAGCACAAAGUGCCAUGGAGUUCUAAACUGCAGAUAGCAAAAUGCUAUGUUAAAAUAAGUCUGUCGGUAAAAGAGCAUAUCUGUUAUGUGUCUUUAUUGUAUAAGUUGUAACCAAAUUUGUAAACUGAUCACGCAGAUAUGUGGGACUGAACUACAUCACCAUUGAAUGUAUUUUCCAGUAAAAUCUCCAUGUUUGAAGAUGUACAUGAAUCUUAUAUGUUCCUGAAAAUGAAAAACUAGCCUCCAAAUAUUCUACAUUGCUAACUUUCUUCCAAAACUGGUGUUUAUUUGAAUUCUGGCAGCUACAAAUAGUUUUAUCAAGGUAUUCGAGAGAAGGGAUGGCACCUGAAGAAGACUUUAAUUUUCUUUAUACUGUCGACCUCUUGCAUACAAACUUACACACUAAGGCACACAAUGUGGUUUUCUUACUGUAAAUAAAUCACCCAGCUUAACGCUUGUGACUGAAACAUCCUUUGGUUCCUAGGAAUUUUGAAGAUUAGAAACUCUAGUUAUACACAACAUUAUGUUAUACUUUACUGGAACUGAAGGAGAUUGAUUUUUCUGAUUUUCUGGGGUAUGCAUUCCCAUCUGACCAGUAUACUUUAAACAUGAACAAUCUGAAGAAUUAAAAUGUAAGUCAUAAGCAAAGAUUUCAAUUUGUAGACCUGAAAGUUUUCCGUUAGCAAUCCAAUGAUGCAAAUAUGAGAAAUUUUAUUACUUUAGCAUUUCUUGCUCUCUCUUUGUGUGUGAGAGAAAGAAGAAGAAGAAAGAACUUCAUUGAUUGGGCUAUCAGCCUGUUUCAAGAAGUAGGUGAUUUUACAGAUGUAUAGAGAUAAGCUCUUAAGCCAUGAGUAGAUAGAAACACCAAUAAAUAUAUAUACCACCUGACAACCAUUACAUUAACACAGAAUGUCUUACAAACCAGUAGACAAUACUCUUUUGUGUUUGAAAUGCCUUAAAAAUGGACAGUGAUAAGUUGAACAGAAAUUUAGUGUUUGUAGUGCUUGAAACUAGAUGGCCAUCUACGAAGCUUAAUGAGUAUGAAUUUCUCUUGGAGACUUUGUCAGGCAAACAAAAAUAAAAACAGUUCUGACUCUUCGUUAUCAGGACAGAAUGGGCUUAUGUGUGCGAGAGAAAAUACUUCUAUUUUUUAUCUGUCAGAAGCUUACUGCCACACGGAGAGUUGAUUUGUUUGACAAGAGCUAGGAUUGCAGUAAGAAGAUGCCAUUAAACAUGAAAUUUCAGAUUGGUUGAUAAUGAGAUGGGGAAAACAAUUUGUUAAUUUUUAUUUGUUUUACAAUUUCCGUUAGCUAGCUUACUCUGAAUGUACACAUUCUUUUUAACUCCUUGAGGAUAUACCUUUAAGAAUCCAAAGAUUCUAUAAAAUAUUUUAGAAACUUAAAGUGAGGAGACUACAGUUUUUACAGUCCUCUCAGACCAUGCCAUUAUCAUUAUCUGGCUUUGAAAGAGUUCAUAAUCAUAUUAUAUGACGAUAAACUUUUACAUCCUUUUUUUUUGUUUUUUUUAAUUCUGUAGUCUGUAGUGAAAUUUUUCUUAUGUGCCAUCAUUAUUUACUUUUAUGUAUAGUCACUUUUGUCGACUGUUUUCUUUGUAUUACUGUCCUUUGAACAAAAUUUUCUUUCGGGGAUCACUGUGCCAGACUGCAUCACUUACAGCACCGACUUUGUAUGUCUCCUCCUAUUAGUCAAUGAAGAGGUAGAAUGCUGGGCAUAUUGUAAAAGUUCUUGUAACACCUGAAACACAAGGUGAUAGCCUACUCCUAAUUCCGUUUGUGAAGUAAAUCUGUUUAGCAAACAACGUGGAGUUAAAUGUGUUCACAAAGUAGCCAAUAGGUAUGACAACUGAUCUAUUUUCGCAGAAAGGCAAUAUAUAUAUACACACACACAAGCUGUCCAUAGUUUUUCCAUAAGUAUCUGUGUUGAAAUCAUAACCACAAAAUGUGAACUAUGAGUGUUACAGCCAGAGCUUCUUUGUAAAACUGGUUAUUUCUGUGUCAGACACAUGCUGGAAAGCAUAAAUGUAUCCUUCAAAGAUUUUGUACAUAAGUUUGUAAAAUAUUGAUUCUCCCCUCAACAUCUUCUAAAUGGCACUUCGUGAUAUAUAACUUUUGUAUAAAGAAUGUACAGAUGUAUAGUGUGCAUUUUCCUUUGGCUAAGAGAAGUACAGAGGGAAUAUUUCUUAUUUUUUGUAUUUUCAUUUGGGUUUUAAAAAAUGUAAUUUUUAUCUUUGCAUAUGUUUCCAUAUUUUGUUUAAAAAAGGAAGCAUGUAUAAAUGUUUAAUUUGAAGAAUUUUGCUGUUUGUGAUUGUUUCUGUAAGAGUAAAUGGCAGUUUUUUUGUUUUUUGUUUUUGUUCGGCAAGCUUGAGGGGUUUAAUAUUGGCAUGUCAUGUUUACUCCACAAGUGGUUGCUGGAUCUAUAGUAAUGAUAAGUAUGAUGAAGCUGUUUUCUGCUUGUUUAUAUAUUGUGAUGGUUUUAGUAGCUCGAUCGCUGCCUCUUGUCAUAACAAAAUCUGUAAUCAAAUUUCUUGAUCUGUGCACAAACUUGCAAUGGUAGUACUCGUACCCAACAGAUGGUCAGAGUCAAAUUAAACUACAGACAUUCAUGUACAUACGUAUACACACGUGAAUGCACACUCACACACACAUGCACACACGUGCCUUGAGCUUCUCGCAUCAUUUUGCAGGUAGCUACAGCAUAGUUCGUAGCAAGCUCUAAAGAUUUUUGGCUCAAGUUUGAUAGCAGAUACACACAGCUCAGAGUGGAACAUCAUUGUUUGUCAUCAUCAGUCAUCUCAGGUCAAAGGGAAUUAAAAUUUCAUUCAGACUUUCAUUUUGGAAGAAUUUCAAACCAUCCAAAUAAAUUUAGAUUAUGUGAAACUAGAUUCUGGAAGCAGAUGGAAAAAAAUUAGUUGCUCUUUGCAAACAGUUGUGUUCAUUGGCGAGAAAAGAAGAUAUUUGUAAUGGUGAUCCAGCUGUGCAAGAGAUGCAUUUUCAGUUUAUUUUGAAGAAAGAAUAAUUUGGCUGUGGAAAGUGUUCUGACUUUUCCAUAGGAAGACAAAAUUGCCUCUCAGUUUUGUAGAGUCAUUUGGGAAAAAGUUGCCUUCGGUGGUUGAUUUAUACUGCAAAUUAACUUUUACUGUAUCAGACUUCUCAGGUAGAUAAAGAUGGUAAGAAUGAUGUUAAAAGUGAGAAUGGCUAUUUUUUCAAUGACAGGCUUCAACAGUUGAGUAAAUGUUUCAACAGGGUAAAGAAAAGUUUGAUGAAAAACUGUGCUGUAUGGUACAUGAUUGAAGUCUGUUUUCUUAGUGAACCUGACUCCUUCAAACAAGUUAUAUAAUACCUCAUGAACUCUUUUUUUUUUGUGAAAGGUCCAUUAAAGGUUCUUUCGAAAAGCUCAGGAUACUACUGGCAUGCUUUUUCACUGGAAAUUUCUGUACUUUUGUGUUUGCAUACAUAGUUCUUACAGUCACUAAAGUUAAUUAUCAUUUUAAAGAGAAGAAAACACAUUUUAUCACUGAAAAUUUUGUCCUCAUCAGAAUCUGAAGAAAAAAAAAUCAUACUUUUUCUUUUUUACUUCUGUCUAAAGGGCAGGUCAUGCUGCAGUGUCAUUGAUUAUUGUGCUGAUCUUUCCAAAUACAGAUUUGACUGAACAUAUUGAUGUGGGCAUGAUCAAGUGAUUGAAAUGUAUAUUUCAGGUUUUGUGGCCCAUAAUGUAAUUAUGGGUUGUUUUGCACUGCAUUAUGAGGCUUUAAUGGGCCUUUAAUAUUUUUAUGAAAAGCUUAUUUCUCUGCAAAUAGUUAACCUGUUUUCAUAAUUGCUGACAAAGCUGUUGUUUUGUGUCAUUCAGAAGUUAAUUCUAAAUUUCAUUUUGUUUGCAUCCCUUUGUUGAGAGCUUUUAAUGGGCCUUACAAUUUUUUUAUGAAUGCUUGUUCCUUCUGCAAAUAGUUAAUCUGUUUCAUGAUACCAUUCUCUGAAAAAAACUGUUUUGCAUCAUUUAUAAAUUAAGUCUACAUUUUAGUUUGUUGGAAUCCCUGGGUAUGUGGCAAAAGUUCUGAGCAGAAGUUGAAGUAUCUUUUUGAAGUUUUUUUCCAACAAUGACAGAGUUAAGAUUUGGUGGGACCAUGGCGAUCAUCUCAGUUUAACCUUCGUGGAUUGAAAAUUGGAGUUUGUUAAAAGAAGGUUAUUUUUAUCUAACAAAAGUUAGGUGAGGUAAUUUCUUUGGCAUGUGCUGUCAGUGUUAGUUUGUUCUGAACCUAGUGUUGCCUUUUCCAGCUUGUUCUAGACAUCUUGACAUCAAAACAUCUUGUAGACAGUUGCCUGUCUCUACUUCUUUUAAACCUAGAGUUGCCCCAUCAAUUUGUUUUGGACAAUGUUGCCUUCACCCGUUUGUUUUGGACAUUGUAUUAUCAGUGUUUUACUAUUUAAAAAUCUGUAAGAUAAACAUCAUGGAAGUAACUAUUAAAAAUGCAUCAAAUUCUUUUCACAGUAUACAAAUUCUGGCAGAUGGAUUAUUUAGAGCUGUGACAAGGAACAUCUGAUUGACAGCUAAUGAGUGCAUGUAUGUUUGUUGUUCUUUCCCAUCCUCACUGCAUGCAAUCAUACCUAAGUUAAGAAAAUGAAGAAUCUUUUGUUAAAAGCACUGCACACUGCUUACUGCAGAAGGACUGCAUUUAAUGGUGUUUACACUAUUUUCUUUCUUUAAUUUUUGUAAAGGUUCAGUCUCUUCUUUCUGGGAACUUCUGUUUAAAAAAUAUUUUUAAAAUGUUGUCACAGCUUGGUCUAGUGUUUAGGAUGGAUCUUGUUCUUAAGCUUGGUCCAGAAUGGUGAAGAAUUAUUUACAAUUUAUGAUGGGAUGCUGUGAUGCCUGUCAUAGAGAAUCCUUUGGAGCUUAUGACUGAUCUAUUGGAAAAAAUUUAAUUUAAAUGUGAAAUUUAUAUUGGUCCUUGUAGCUUUGACUGUUAUUGCUGGGAUUUAGCACAGCAUGCAUCCUUGGACCUUUCACGAGGCACUGCCUCCUAAUAGCUCUACAAAAACAUAUCUAUUUUGUCUGAAUUUAGCAUUUUCUCUAUUUCUUCGUAGUCUUUAAAUUGUCCUCCAUGAGUAUGGCGGAAAAAAACUUGGAUACAAUUUUGUUCAUGGUCUCCAACCUGAAAACAAUGGCUCUUUGGCCUGGUGAACUGUCUGCUACUUUUCAUGAAUUUUAUGUACAGUUUGUGGUGCCAACAGCCAUUGCAUUUUUUUUCUUAUAGUUAACCUACUCAUGGCUAAAAAAGAAGUUUUGGUGUGCUCAAUAGAGGUAUAUUAUUUUGCAUUGUUCCAGUGAGAUGUGAAGAAAAAAAAACACCUAGCACAUCUUUUUUCUGAAAGCCAUUUUUUGGUCAGAUGAGGAUUAAUUCAUCUCAUCUAAUUAACAGAAACAUUUGCUGUUAAUGAAAGGAAUAUGACAAUAUUUGUGUCAUCUUGUGUAAUGUCAUCUUGUCGCAUUGCUCCCACUUAUGAAAUUUGCGUCCACAUAGUUUUCGAGAUUGAAGUGCAGUUUUGAUGAUUGGCAAGUCAGUGAUUAUUUUACAUUUGUGCUCAUCUCUGCCUAUGGGAGCUUUUUUGGAAGCAGAUUUCAUGGACUGUGCAUUGUGGAGCACAGAGAAUGGCAGAGGUGCAUGAGUUCUUACGCCUGUGGAUGUAUGAAUGCAGAUAGUGAUAGAAAGUGAUGAGUGAUAGAAUACCUGAUCAUAAAGUGUAUGAAAGGAAUGGAAACAUUCUGUUUCUGGAAAAAAAACGUGAGUUGGGCAUGUUUAUUGUGUAAAAUUAUACUUGUGAAGCUAAUGUGUAGGUGUGUGAAAAAUGUUCUUACGUGGUUGCAUGGCACUUUAUUGGAAAGAGAUAUUUUUCAAAUGUUUUUCAGGCUUCUCUUAGUCCAUGUUAUUAUUGUAAAAUCCACGAUCUAGUAACCAUUUGAAAUUUGUCACAAAUGUUACAAGCUGCAGACACAGGCUGCUGAUGUCAUUUCAUUGAAACUCUGACCAUUGUGAUCUAUUUCUGUCCCCACUUUUUCUUUCCCAGUAGAUGUUAACAUUGACACUGACUUUUACCUGAUACUAAGGUUAGUAUUUUGUAUCAUUUUGCAAGUAACCGUAAGGAAAAGAGUUGACCAGAGUUUAGAAUGUUAUCACUUCAGCUUUCAAUAAAAUUUUGGUGGUAGAUCAUUUUGCUUUCAGGCUGCCGUUGGCUACCUAGAAAAUCUCACUACUGAUUUUUUUGUGUCUAGGACAACAGUUGUUACCCUGUUGGUUGGAAUAUGAUAUUUGGGAUAAGAUAUGCAUAUCCUUUCAGUGUUCUCCUUCACUCCUCAUUGUAUAACCAUUCUAUCACAUGGCCUUGCUGGCUUGGGCAGUCCGGUGGUGCAAGUCUAGCGCUUGUCACCAAUACAGUCAGGGAUGACUGUCCUGGGUUCAGCUCUUGUUACAGACUUUCUCUGCAUGUAGCAUCUGUUUACAGGGCUGGCUGCCUUGCCCUGAUACAGCCUUAGUUGCUGGCUGGGUGUAAACCACCAAUCAUAAUCCCUCACUCUCCCCUUCUCCCCAACCCGGCCUUCCUUUUGAAAGGAAAAAACCAACUCAUGGUGCUGUCACUAGUACUGACUUCAUAAAACAGAAACUUGGGUAGAGUUAACCGUCCAGGUAAAUGUACUGUUUGUUGGGUGCAACUUGAAUGUGCGUGAAAAGUAUGUCUGUUUUUCUUCCAUGGUCAGAAUUCACUCCAGUAUGGUUAAGAUUGAAAUUCCCUCACAAUCUUUCAUUGUGUUCUUAAAGAAUUAAAACCUAAACUCAUUAGAGGAGUAAGUGUACAGGUGGUUAUGUGUGAUGCAUACUUGUAAAAGAGCUUUUGUGUAAUUAAUGCCUGGUGUGCUUGUGCCAGUGUGUGCUGUGCAUGAAAAGAUUUGCAAGGGAAAUUCCAAUUCCUCAUGCCAUGAACUUUGCUUCCAAUGGAGACUCUGAGGUAAAGGGGUGUUUGCAAUCUCCAAGACUUUGUGGACCUUGUCCUGUCAUUUGUACACAACUCUGAGUCUUUGGUACAUUUGUACUACAGCAGUACAUUACAGAGUUGAUAUUCUUGUAUCUAGUUUGGACACAAUCCUCCCCUGCGUGCCUCUAACAUGGCAACAUGUUUGACUUUUUGAAAAUUUCAUUUUUUUAUUUAAAUUUUUAAAAAUGCCCCACUGGCACCUCUGUCGGUGGUAUUGACCGUGGUUGUGUUGUCAACGUUACUGGAAAGUAAACAAAAAAAAAUAAAAACUGUUUGUAGCCCUCACAGCACUGAAGGUGAGGGUGUCACAUCAUACCUACACACACACAAAUGCCCUAGACACAAUUUAUUGUCCACCGUUGUUUUUCGUGCAUCCACUUUAGCAUAUCCAACAUGGCAUAGAAAUAAAUAUAUCGGGAGUUACA